GUCUCCAGCGAUCCCUUAAUUCUGAAAAAUAAAUCAGAGGAUUUUGUAAUUACCAAUUAGUAGAAAACAAUUGUUAAAUUUUUUUUUAUAAUGGUGAAAUAAAUUAAGAGGAUCAAAAGUAUAAGGGAAAAAAAAGGAAAAAAGAGUUCACAGAGAAAAGACAGAGAUGCACAGGCGGACCAAAGGCUCAAGAAAGGUGUAUGGAGACGUGCUUACCUAAAAAAUGAACAUAGGAAUCAAUGAGCCGAUUAUCCGGCCGAUUAGAAUGGACCGAAAUCCAUUAUUGCCUGACCGCCGGCCAUUCGGCCAACAACAACAAAAAAAGAAGAAAGAAAGCUGAACCAACUAUAACAAGCGACGACGGGCAAAUCAACGAAAUCUCCCCUCCUUAAAAGAAGACCAAAACCUCUUCACUUCCCUCAUCCCUCAACCCACACAUACACAUACACACAAAAAAAAUCAAAAUCAGUACAAUACCCAUGGCUGCUUCUUCCUGCGCAAAAUAUGGGAUCGCGAUGAUCAUGUUAGUCGCAAUUCUGUGGAGCAGUACUUAUGGCGUGGAAGAGACGAAGCCCGCCAAGUGCAGCGGGCGUAGAGUGAACGAAGCAUACAGCAGCGACGUGAGCCAGCUGGUGAAAGAUCUGCAGCAAUUGGCCAAGCCAAACAAGCCGGCCACGAAAACGGUCGGGUCUGUUACGGGGACGGCCAGCUGCCAGACCAAGAACAUAGACGACUGCACAGGUUGUCUUGGCGUCGCCACAGUCCAGCUCGCCGUAGAUUGCAAGGGCAAGGCGGUCGGCAAGUCCACCGGAGUAGGCACCAAGAACUGCAAAAUGAGCUUCCGUCCAGCAUAAAUAAAUAGUUAAUCCGUUGCAUGCAUGGUGGUCUGGUCACGAUGAUGAGAUGGGUCGCGGUUGGCUAGCUUGUUAGGCUAUACGUCUCUCUCUUUUGGGUCUUGUGUUCUUUCCUUUCUUUCUGUCUGUUACUCGUUUCUCUUAAUGUUCUGCUUCUUGUUUCCCUCAGCGGAAACCGGUAGUAUACGCAGCUUAGUUCGUCAGUGUUGAAUAAUUCGACGCCAACCUAGCAAAAGAAUAAGCUAUAAUAUAAUAAUUAAUUAAUAGUUAUGUUGUGGGUGUUACUCGAUCACUUUGUUUCUUCUCGAUUUAUAGUUUCAGUAUCACGUUUUGGUUGAAGAUUAGACCACAUCGGUAUCCACUUUAAAUAAACUAAAUAUCAUCAC